UUUUGGCUGUUCAAGAUGGCGGCCUCCACAGUGAACGUAUUGUUGAGUUGUAGCUCAUCGCACAGUCAACGUCACUCCAUUCUGAAGAUGGAUAACUUUUAUUGCACACUAACAGCCCGCUAUAUUUGCAGAGUUAAAGUACCUCGUAAUUUUCGCUUACUGGAAGAGCUAGAAGAAGGACAAAAAGGAGUAGGAGAUGGCACUGUAAGCUGGGGUCUUGAAGAUGAUGAAGAUAUGACCCUGACAAAGUGGACAGGCAUGAUAAUUGGACCAGCAAAGACGACGUAUGAAAACAGAAUAUAUAGCUUGAAAAUAGAGUGUGGAGCCAGAUAUCCAGAAGUGCACCCGAAUGUUAGAUUUGUAACAAAAAUUAAUAUGAAUGGCGUAAAUUCCAAUGGAAUGGUGGACGAAAGAAGCAUACCAGUACUUGCAAAAUGGCAAAGUGCUUACAGUAUUAAAGUUUUACUUCAAGAUCUAAGACGUUUGAUGCUGUGCAAAGAGAAUAUGAAGCUUCCCCAGCCUCCAGAAGGCCAAAUGUACAACAACUGAAUAAGUUAAAGUAGAGGGACUUCUGUCUUAAAACAGUUAAAACAGCCACCUUACUCUCAUGAUUAUCUAAUUUCACAAAGCAGAACACCCACACCGGUUUGAUCAACAGAAGGAAUAUAUUAACAGGACAUUUGUAAAUCUAUGUAUGUGUACGUAUGUCUGCCCAUUCUUUUUUUCUGGUGAAAUGCAGAAGAAGAAAGAAGUGGCACAAGUUAUUUAUUUGUUUUGUAGGCAGUGUUUUUCAUGCAGUAACGUGAAGCAUUCUGAUUUGAAAAUCCAAGCUUUUACAGAGACAAAAGCAUGACUUUAAAUGUAAAGCUGUCACAGAUAACAUUACAGACAAUGUUACCUGCCUUCAUAAACUGUUGUAUAAAGGCAUGUUUUUUUUCUUGUUAAGAGCUGUAUUUUAAGUUGUACAUUGGUUAAAGUAGCCAAUAGAGAAUAAUGUUGCCAAUUUUGUUAAUUUUUGCUAGGGUGUGGGAGCAGGCUAAUAGCACCAGAAGUAUAUUGACAUUUGUUCUGAUUAUAUGUAUUUAUAAAAAGGGGAGGGGGGAAAUAUUUCUUUUGAACAGCUCCUUCGUGUCAUGUUACAACAUUGCAGAUAUGUUUACAGUCUUUGUUCUACUGAACCUUGCAUUUACCUUUUAGUGAAAAAAUAUAGAUGUAUGAAAUUGAUUCCAAGAUUAAAAAUUAGUCUCACAAUAAAUAUGAAA